GUAAUACUGUUUCAGAAAGAAAAGAAAAAAACUUCAGUUUUUGUUGCAAAAAUGAAUCUAAAAAGGUCAAAAUGUGCUCUCAAACCGUUAAAUCCGGUUUAGAAUUUCAACGACUCUCUCUCGGUCAUGGAGAAGCUGCGGAAGGUGGUGAACGAAAUCGCCUACACGCGAGACCACAGCAAUUCCCCUGCUCUUCACCGAUCGCUCGUUCCCGUCUUGACACUCGCUUCUUCUCUCUACGGAGUCGCUCUUCAAAUCCGCCGCUCUCUCUACCGCUCCUCCUUCUUCCAGCAACACCGAUUGCAGAUUCCGGUGAUCAGCGUUGGGAAUCUGAGCUGGGGAGGAAAUGGGAAGACGCCAAUGGUUGAAUACAUCACCAAACUACUCGUCGAUUCUGGAAUCUCACCGCUUAUUCUCACUCGUGGCUAUGCUGGUGGAGAUGAAGCCAAAAUGCUUGAAAGACAUCUUCAAGGUGGACCAACAAAGAUCGGUGUUGGAGCAAACCGUGCAGCCACUGCCGCCUCGUUUUUCGACAAGUAUGGAUGUGCGAAUCCUUCUAGUAUAAAGACAUUCUUUGAUCAGUCUCUCCUCCAUGAAACAGCAAAAGCCAAGAACGUUUCACAAAAAAUCGGGUGUGUGGUUCUUGAUGAUGGGAUGCAGCAUUGGAGUUUGUGUCGUGACCUCGAGAUAGUGAUGCUUAACGGUCUGAAUCCUUGGGGAAAUGGUAACUUAGUUCCCUUUGGCCCUUUACGAGAGCCUCUUGCAGCGCUUGAGCGGGCAGAUAUAGCUGUAGUACACCACGUGAACUUGAUAAGUGAACAAAGCCUCAGAGAUAUUGAGAACAUAGUACAUGGAUUCAAAGAGUCAAUCCCUAUUUUCUACUCAAAGAUGGUGCCCAAAUACUUGUUUGGUGUUGAAAAUGAUAGGUCAUAUGUAGCUUUAGAAGCAUUGCGUGAUGCAACUGUGCUAUGUGUUUCCGCAAUUGGAUCCGCUGAUGCUUUUGUCAAGAACAUCGAGAUGAUUGGAGCACGUUGUGUUGAUAGACUUGAUUUCAGUGAUCAUUAUUUAUUUCAAGCAGAGGAUGUCGAAACUAUGAGGAGGAGAGCAAAGAGACUAGAAGAAAAAUAUAAUGCCAAGCCUAUCAUUGUGGUCACUGAAAAGGAUUAUAACAGGGAUUCGGAGAUUCUUAAAUGUCUCGAGUACUCGUACACAGUCUUGGUUCUAUGCUCUGAGUUGCAAAUAACUCCUUGUAGAGGAACUGAUGUGGAUGGCUUUAAAAGUACAAUUUGUAGAAUUAUGGCUGCUAAGUUUUGUGUUUCCAGUUAGAUCCAACGCUAUGUGUUCUUGAUCUUUGUAAACUAAAUUUUUUAUAUUUUAAGAAUGAGUUUAGCUUAUUCUUUCAUAUAUGUUAAGCCUCUAGGGAAUUAUUUAUUUAACUUGAAGAAAAUAAAAGGCG